AUGUGCAAUGGCAAGACCAGCUAUAAAAUCAAGAAAAAAAUAGCAGACGUCUUUCAUUCACUCACGCUUUCUCGUUCCUCUCUCUCUCUCCUUCUUCCUCCGCUCUUGCCCUCUACCCCGUUUCUCUCCCUUCUCUAUUUCUUUCUCUUUGACCACACACACCUCUCUCUUCUUUCUCCUCUCCUACACAUACUUCUCUCUCUUUAUCUGCUUCGUAUUCUUUCUCCAUUCUCUCACUCACCUAUGUCUCCCUUCCUUCUCACAUUCUUUCUCACACCUGUCUCUUUCUUUUUUUUUUUUCACCCCCAUUCACCUCUCUUCUCUAUCUCUUUUUUCUCCUCACCCCGCCAAAGACACGUGUGUUUUCUCCCUAUUCGCCUUCUUUCUCGCAACGUCUCUCAUUCUUUCCCUUCUCUCUUUUUUCUCCGUAUCAUAAAAAAAUCUUUGUCUCUCUCUCUCUCCUUGACUCACUCUAUGUCCCACUCUAUCUUUCCCUCCUUCUCGUUCACCCUCCUUCCCUCUCUCUCUGCGUAG